GAUUAUAUCUCUGGGAGCAUAUUUUUGAAGGCUUGCUUGAUCCCACUGAUGUGACCGCUCAGUGGAGAGAAGGGAAGUCAAUUGUAGGAAGAACACAAUACAGCUUCAUCACUGGGUCAUCCGUGGUCCCAGGGUACUUCUCCAUUGAUGUGGAUAAUGUGGUACUCGUUUUAAAUGGAAGAGAAAAAUCAAAGGCCUUUUAUGCCACCCAGUGGUUAGUUUAUGCACAGAAUUUAGUGCAAAUGAAAAAACUCCGGCAUCUUGCUGUUGUUUUGCUUGGAAAUGAACAAUGUGAUAAUGACUGGAUAAGCCAGUUCCUCAAAAGAAAUGGAGGCUUUGUGGAGCUGCUUUUUAUAAUCUAUGACAGCCCCUGGAUUAAUGGCAUGGAUGUUUUUCAGUGGCCUUUAGGAGUAGCCACAUACAGGAAUUUUCCUGUGGUGGAAGCAAGUUGGUCAAUGCUACAUGAUAAGAGGCCCUACAUAUGUAAUUUCUUAGGAACUGUUUAUAAAAAUUCAUCCAGACAGACACUAAUGGACAUUUUAAAACAAGAUGGUAAUAAUAAGCUUUGCUGGGUUUCAGCAAGAGAACAGUGGCAGCCUCAAGAAACAAAUGAAAGCCUUAAGACUUACCAAGAUGCUUUGCUGCAGAGUGACCUCACGCUGUGCCCCGCAGGAGUAAACACAGAAUGCUACAGAAUAUACGAGGCCUGCUCCUAUGGCUCCAUUCCCGUGGUGGAAGAUAUGAUGACAGCUGGCAGGUGUGGAAAUGCGUCUGUUCUUCAUGACGCUCCUCUGCAGUUACUCAAGUCCAUGGGCGCUCCCUUUAUCUUUAUUAAGAACUGGAAUGAACUUCCUGCUAUUUUAGAAAGAGAGAAAACUAUAAUUUUACAAGAAAAGAUUAGAAGAAGAAAAAUGUUACUUCAGUGGUACCAAUACUUCAAAACAAAGCUAAAAAUGAAAUUUAUUAGUAUUUUAGAAAGUUCAUUUUUUGAAUAAUAAAAGUUAACCUGUUAAUUAUCAUUCUCAGCUAA